AUGUCCCACUCCCACCAGCAUCCACAACCACAACAAAGACGGUUAUUAUCUCUGUGCCUGAACCAACUUCAUGAACACCCUCCUGAAAGCUCCUUCUCAUCUUCUCAAACACACUACAAAACCAAAAUCCCCUUAUGUCUCAUUCACCCUCAAACGUCAACUACUCCUCCAUCAACCUCCCCACUCUCUUUCUUUGGCCCCAAGAUUGUUUCAUCAUCCCCUCACCAACACUUCUACUUCCAUGAACCUCACAGCCCCUCCCUCCGUUGUUGUUUUAAUGUCUCUUCCAGGCGUUGGGGUGCCUUCAAGCUUGGUUGCACCUCCAUGGACCCUCAAGUAGAUUUCUCAUCAUCACUUCACUCUCCCUCUGAGAUUAUUAAGAAAAAGAAAAUUACUGGGCGGCAGAAGAGAGAGGAACUUGAAAGAGAGGUUUCUAUGCUUCAAAGCUUGUUGGACCAAGAAGAAAAGUUCCAUGAGAUUUUGGAGAUGCUGCAUAAUAGACCGAACGGGUCAGCUAUAUCAAUUCCCAAUUUUCUUCCACCCAAGAUGAGAGAACUCUUAGGAGAGCUGGUCAUGGUAGAGAGUGAAAUAGCACGACUUGAAAGCCAAAUAAGCCAACUCCAAGCUGGUUUGAAACAUGAACAAGAAGUGACCAAGGAAUCAAAGUCUAAAACGUGGAAUCAAGGGAAUUUGAGUAAUUCUAACAACCACUUAUCAACUUCUCCGAUUCCAAAUCCUAGUCCUAUUCGCAGAAGUGUUCAAGAAAGGAUGGCAUUUGAGACCAAGGCGUUGCAUUUCAUAAGCAAAGCUAUCAAGGGUGAUUACAAUCUCAAUGAAUUCAGUCUUCAUGACAAAACAGGUUUUCUAAAAACUUCUGUGGAACAGAAAGAAAAUAAGUUCCAAGAAGAUGUGAAACAUCAAGAAAGAAUUCCAAGGAAAAAUGGGAUAGUAAAGCCCCCCUCACCUAUGCGUGACCCACGUCAUCCAUCACCCAAGCUGCGGGAACGCAAUCCAGAGAUGUACUUGGAUCUCCCAACUAGAUCACUAUUGGAUCCACUUCUGUCAGAGGAGACUGAUCUGAAGUGGCAACCCAACAAGCUCUCUGAGAGCAUCAUGAAGUGUUUGAAUUUCAUUUAUGUAAGACUGCUCAGAACAUCAAGAGCAAUGGAAUUGGAGAAAUCAGGGCCCAUUUCAAGGUCUGUGCACUCUUCUUUAAGCUCAAGAAGCUUCAGGGUGGAUACUGGGUCAACCCCAAAACCAAGCCUCUUGUUGCAAAAGGAAUCUAGGCAGCAAGACCCUUAUGGUAUCUUUAACACAGAAGACUCCGUUCCAAGGGACAUUGGUCCUUACAAGAACCUGGUUAUAUUCACUUCCAGCUCUAUGGAUCCCAAGUUUAUCUCAAGUCCGUCGUCUAUACCAUUACUGAGGAAGUUAAGGAUCUUGAUGAGCAAUCUUGAAACAGUUGACUUGAAAAGCCUUACAAACCAACAGAAAUUAGCAUUCUGGAUCAACGUAUACAAUGCUUGUAUCAUGCAUGGAUUUAUCCAAUAUGGAGUGCCAUCCACCCCAGAAAAACUACUUGCAUUGAUGAACAAGGCAACCCUGAAUGUAGGAGGCAACAUAAUAAAUGCUCAAGCAAUAGAGCAUUUCAUACUGAGGAAACGAGAUAUUUCUAAUAUGAAAGAGGUUCAGCUAAAGGGUGAGUGGGAAGAGAAAGAAUCGGUUGUUCGUGAACUUUAUGGACUUGAGUUUGUUGAUCCUAAUGUCACAUUUGCUCUGUGUUGUGGAACUCGUUCUUCUCCUGCUGCGAGGAUAUACACAGGAGAUGGAGUAACAAGUGAAUUGGAGAAGUCAAAACUGGACUAUCUCCAGGCUUCAAUUGUGGCUAGUAGCAGCAAAAGAAUAGGAUUCCCAGAGCUUCUUCUCAUAAACAUGCUUGAUUUUGCGGCGGAUGCAGAGUCAUUGGUGGAGUGGGUAUGUAGCCAGUUACCUACAUCAGGCACUCUAAGGAAAUCAAUGGUGGAUUGCUUCAGAGGCCACAAUAAUAGUGUCAAGCUUUCUACCAUUGUUGAAAAGAUACCCUAUGACUAUGAAUUCCAGUAUUUGUUGACAAUAUAA